AUGCAUCUUCGUGGAGUUUUUCGCGUAGCAAAAUUGCCAAAAUGCCAAGGCGCGAUCGGCACCAAGUGGGUGUUCAAGAUCAAGCGCAAAGCGGAUGGAUUGGUCGAGAAAUACAAGGCGCGUCUCGUUGCCAAGGGCUUCAAGCAGAAGUACGGCAUCGACUACACAGAGACGUUCUCGCCCGUGGUCAAGUACAUGACACUGCGCAUGGAGAAGGUGUACUGCGUGGUACCAGAAGGCGUCGAUAUGGAUGCCGACUUCGACUGUCUCGAGUUGGUGAAGGAUCACUACGGUCCCAAGCAAGCUUCGCGGGUUUGGAACGAGGCUUUCGACGAAUUCGUAUGCUUUAUCGGUUUCGAAGUGUCGGCGUUCGACCCAUGUCUCUACAUCAAGGUUGUCGACGGUCACUGUGUGCUCGUGCUGGUUUACGUGGAUGACGUGUUGGUGACCGGCAGCUCGCUCGAGUUGAUUGCGCACACGAAAGCCGAUCUCAAGACGCGCUUCGAGAUGACCGACAGUGUCAAGUGUACUUCUGUACUAGGCAUCGAACUGGUGGACAGCUUGGAUAGAAGCGUGACGAUGUGCCAGCGACGAUAUGUCAACGACAUCCUCAAGCGUUUCGGCAUGCAUGAGUGCAAGGCCACAGCAAGUCCGGUCGACUUGAGCACUCGGAUUGUCGCAAGCAGCGAAGCGGCCAAUAUCGAUGUUCCGUUUCGUAAAGCAGUGGGAGCUCUGAUGCACUUAACGACUGCGACACUCCCGGAAAUUGCGUAUGCUCUGGGGUACGUCUCAUGCCUCACUGAGAAUCUGCAGCAAGAACACUGGACGGCGGUGAAGCGCAUCUUUCGUUACUUGCAAGGGAACAAGUCGCACGGACUCCGCUUCCAGCUAAGCGACAAGAUUGACUUUCGUGGCUAUUCGGACGCAGACUGGGCCGGCGACCAUGCUGAUCGCAAGUAG